AUGUUCAGCACCUUGAAAACGCUUUUUCGGCCCAAAACUGUGGCGGCAGUAGCUCAGAGCCCUGGAUCUCCGACACCAGUGCCUUCACCUGCACCUGCCCCAGCACCUGCUCCUCCAACAAAGGUACGAGUACCUGGCUUUAGCACAACACAAAAAAAAGAAGAGAAAAGGGAGGAAAAGCCCACCGAACCAGCUCCUGCUCCUGCUCCAGAGCCCCCUAAACCAGAAGCCAAACCAGCAGAUCCAGCCGAUCCCGGAGCAGCAGCUGCAGAGGGUGAGGAUGCACCAUCACCACCAACUCCACCCAUCGUCAUCAACAGAUACUGUGAUGACCAGCUGCGAGACAUCGUGAAAAAACUACGGGAGAGGACAGAGCUUUUUAAGGAGAAAGUCAUAGACCCCUACUCCUCGUCCCCCGAGCGCAGCCCACCCUAUCAAUCAUUUUUUGAGUUCAGCGAUCGUCUGGAAAGCGUCAUGGCUAAGGCGUAUAUCUGGAGAGUUGGCCGCACUACUGGAUAUCUGCUCUUCUGUCUCCAUUUAAACUCCUGCCUUUACUAUGUAGCAUCAGAAUACGAAGGGCUGGGCAGCACUAAAUGGACAUAUGAUGGAAAAGGAAAUGCGUAUCUCCGCUGUUAUUACUUUGCGACUCGCACGCUGAUCAAUAUCGGAGGUCUCCCCGAGCCCCAUACGCUCUUUGAGAUCGUCUUCCAGCUGGUGAACUUCUUCACAGGAGUCUUUGUCUUCUCUAGCUUGAUUGGACAGAUGAGAGAUGUCAUUGGAGCAGCUACUGCCGGCCAGACGUACUUCCGUGCAUCUAUGGAUGCUUGUGUGGCGUACAUGGUGACAAACCGCAUCCCCAAGCUGGUUCAAAGCAGAGUGCGCACCUGGUACAACUACACCUGGGACUCCCAGGGCAUGCUGGAUGAAUCGGAGUUAUUAGAAAAGAUGCCUCUGGUCAUGAGAACAGCCAUCGCUGUGGACAUCAACCUCGCCACCUUCCAGAAGAUUGACCUCUUCAAGGGCUGUGACAACCAGAUGCUUGUGGAUAUGUUACUGCGUCUGAAAUCCAUUGUGUACUUGCCAGGAGACUUUGUGUGUAAGAAGGGUGACAUUGGGAGAGAAAUGUAUAUUAUUAAAGCCGGAGAGGUGCAGGUCAUCGGUGGACCGGACAAUAAGAUUGUGUUCGUGACUCUGAAAGCAGGCUGUGUGUUCGGAGAGAUCAGUCUCUUAUAGUCAGCAAAAGAUGGAGGCAACAGAAGAACAGCAAAUGUUGCUGCUCACGGAUUCGCCAACCUUUUUGUACUGGAUAAGAAAGAACUCAAUGACAUCCUGGUCCAUUACCCUGAGUCUCAGAAAGUGCUGGCCAGGAAGGGACGGAAACUGAUGAAGGCCAAAGGCAAAGCUGCUCCUGUCAAAGAUGAAGGAGAAAAGAAGAAGGGAUUGGCAAUGUUUGGACAAAAACCACCCACUCCGAAAAUGUUACGUGCUUUUGGAGGCUUUGGGAAAGGAGGAUUACUGGAGAAACUCAGGGCUCAAGCAGCAGAAAAAAAGAAUUGAAAAUUCCAUCCAUCCCAUCACCUACACUUACAACUACCUAAAACAUCUAUUAAUCCAUCCACCCAUUUCAUCAUCUAUCCAUCCAUUUAUCAAUUACAUCCAUUCAU